AUGCGAUCCUUCAUCAUCCUCCUUUUGGCCCUUUUGGCUGUUACUGCCUUUGGUAAGUUAAGCUGUAAUAUCAAAGUGUUACGGUCAAAUUAUCGUUAAUAUUGUAAAUCAAAGAGAUGACACGCGAAAAGCAGUCUCUAACGCAACGCCGAUGCCUAAAGGUCGCGAUAUGGCUCUUUCAAAAGAGAGAGAGAGAAAUUCGGACCUUAGGGAGCGGUCGGGUGUGUCUUGCGCUUAUAUAUUUUAUGAUAUACAGUAACUCUUUUCAAUAAUUCUUAUCAAUAAACUUUAAUAAUAUAUUUAUCAUUUGGACUGUAUAAUGUAAGGUAUUAGGCGUACAGGGAAUAGGUCUAGCGGGUCCGAUCCGAACAGAUCGGGGUAGCAUGGGAUUCUUAUGAUAAAGUAGGAAGGAGGGAGAUAACUCAAACAUAACCCUAACAAUCCAACUUAAUCAAAAGUUUAUUUCGAAUUCAGGAGCCGGUAAAAAGCCAAUUCAAAAAGUGCCAGCUCAUAAGCCUACAGCUCCAAAAGUUCCGGUCAAAGUCGGUACCAAAAUUCCACCUGGUACUGGUGCCACUGUUGCUGGUACUACUUUUGUUGCUCCAGCUGAGACAGCUUCUACUGCACCACCUGGCACUGGAGCCACUGUUGUUGGUACUACUUUCGUAGCCCCAGCUUAG